AGCAGGAGUAUCGCUGUGGGCUUUUUUUUUUUUCAAAGCUGCCAGACAAGACAAUGACUGCCGCUCAUAGAUGUUUUUGCUCUUCAGUUUAUGGAGACGAAGCUGCUGGAGAAUGAAUAAUGUGAUUAAUCUUUGUAUCUGAAGAGGAACAGUGGAGACUCCUGGUAAUGUUGAGAUUUCUGAUGCCCUCUGGACGGAUUGUAAAAUUUACUUAAGGUUUUUAUUAGAUGAAGCCAUUAAUAUUGGAUAACUGACAUAACUUGACAGCCUGGACGUAGUAUGACCUUUUCUGAAGGGGACAAAUGGAAGUAAGACCAGAUUUUCUCUACAGAGUAAAGCAUUAAUCAGAUAGAAAUGAUCUGCUGUAAAUAGAAGGAACAAGGCAGGUAUCUAUAAUCAUGUCAAACUCCCAGGAGCAGAGUCUGAAUGAGAAUGUAGUUUUCCUGCCGGUGGAUGAAUCUUCCCCACAGUUCCUCCACUCUGAGAUGGAGCGGGAAGCUGUGGAGAGACUCUUCAGCAGCGGCCAUGAGGCCUUUUACAGCUUCAUCGGCCCAGAGAUCUCGCGCUGCUUCUUAUCUCCUGAAGAGGUGACUGAGAUAUGCAGCCGGUCUCAGAACUAUUGCUUUAACGAGCCGUCGGUGGAAGACCUGAAUGGAUACGACAGCAGUUUUGGCUCUGAGAAAUUCUGUUCCACCUACGACCCCUACCACUGGGACGUGCCGGUCCCAAACCUGGAACUCGGCUGGCCGGAGAAACCCCCCUGGGUUCCACAGAACAGCGUCACAGUCCACUCCAGUCCACCUGUUGAGGGAGACCCGCAAGUCAGAGAGAUCAUCAGGCAACAAUUACAAACAGCCAAAACUGUAAUAGCCGUUGUGACAGACCAAUUAACAGACAACGCCAUAAUCUUUGAUUUGCACACCGCCGCCUCCCGAGGUGUGCCCGUCUACAUCAUCCUGAGCCGAAGGUCCCUGCAGGAGAAAUUCACCCUUAACAGGCUCAGGCAUCCAAACAUACGGGUCUGCGUUCUUGGAGGGAAAACCUUUUGCUCAAGGAGUGGGAGAAUGGUGGUUGGGGAAGUUAAAGCCAAUUUCAUCCUGGUGGAUUUGGAGACAGUGAUUCAUGGCAGCUACAGCCUCACAUGGACAGACACCCAUCUGCACCGGCAGCUCAUCACAGUCCUGAGAGGACCGGUUGUUGAAUCAUUUGACCAAGAGUUCAGGAUCCUUUUCGCUAAUUCAGUCCCAGUUCUCGACACUUGGGGAGUCACGGCUGGCACCCAAGUAUACAAGCCUCACCAUGCCAAAGACUUCUUACAUCACAGGCCCCUAAAACAGCUCUCUGCUGAGCCUGAGCUCACAAACCCUCCUUCUCCACCUGCAGACGUCUUCCUGGACUGGGAAGCAAUGGGUGUUGUUCACAGAGACAGCAGCCGGCCUGCAACUCUUCUGGAUCUACAUAUGGAAAACGCAGCAGAGAAAAUGUCACAGCUGGAAAAAAAUGAGGACACACCAACUGGGGACAAAUUUACCUACAAUGAACACCUUGUUUGGAAGAGGAGAAGCAUCACAGAAACGCUGUCAACAAACCCACCGGCUACUGAGGAAAUAAAAAGGCCCGAGCCAACAGUAGAGAGAAGCAUAUCCAGGGAUCUCUCUGUAGAGAAACAGCCUAAUAAACAUGAGAGAACUGGAACUGGAACUGAUGUUCCACCAGAGCCAACAAAUACAUUGUAUUCCAAGAGAAGGUCAAUCUCCAGGAUGGAGCCUUUUUUAGAAGAGGAGAACAAAACAGAUGAUGUUAACUCCAGAGAGAACACGUCAUCUUCCACAGGGAAAAAACCUUUAAUCCUAAAGGUGCCGCACACAGGGAACUUCAGCUCUUUGAGUGAAAUCAUGAGGAAGCUCAAGCGGAAAACACCAGGGUUGCUCAGGAAAGGGGUGAAAUCCACAAUGUCGGAACGAACUCAGUCCAUGCUGGACCUGAGCGAGCACAGUCACAAUGACAGAGAAGUCCCAGUGCCCCGGUUUCUCACUGGUGUGAGUGUUCACAAUGAGCUCAACCCGGAUCAAAUGACGCCUGCUUUCUUACUGAUGAAGAAGAGGAACGACGAAGUAAAAUCUGCAAACUUCUUGCCCAGUGAGAGACCUCGCAGCUCCACUUUUAACUCCAGCAUUUACCUGAAGAAGCUGAUGCCGGACGAAGAAAAACCCGUAUUAUGAGUGUCGCUGAUGAAGGCCAGCAGAGGGGCAUCUACAGUGUUAUUAGUUCCUGAAACAAUGACACAGAAUGCCUCAUCAUACAGAAUAAAUACUUAGAUGCUAUAUUUGUUUGAAUGUUACUGUAAAACAAUUAAACACUAAUGCUGCUCAGGA